GAAGCUUCCAUAAGCCUUUCAGGACAACGCACAGACAGCUUUUUUUCUUUCUGCAUUUGUCUUUGUUUUGCAUACCUGUAGCUUGAAGUGUUGUCAAAGUGCAUCAGACACAGGAAGUAACACCAGCAGUUCUUAGAGGAAGUAUGUCACUCUCCCUGCGCUUUGUUUGUCUGCUCCUGACUGCUCUCUGGGGCAGCAGUUGCUUCGCCAAGCCCGCCCCAUUCAACGUGUCAAUGGAGGGUAGCGGGGAUGAACCCGAACUCAUCUUUCCCAUCGCUCGUACCACCCACGUUCCUCCAUCCCCCUCACCUCCUCCCAACAUAACAGCCACUUUCAUCCGCAUCAAAGACUUCCUUUUCAACCAGGUGGUGGACUUCCUGAAGGAGAACUUGCUUCUCAUCAUUGUCGUGACCUCUCUGUUGGUAGUCAUCAUCUUCAUCGUCUGCUGCGCUUCAGCGAUGAGCCACAAACGCAAGCUUGAGGCCUACUAUCCUCCAAAGACCUACGCACCCAGGAAAUACAUGAGCCAACCUAGUAAAGCUAUGGAGAAACCACAUAACCAGAUUCAGGAAGGUAAGACCACAACCGCAAAGGCCCUACGUGAACCCACUAAAGCACUGGUGGGUGAGAAGGAAGGAAAAGACCCCCGGCCCAAGCCGAAAGAGGUCCAAAAGGUGGAGGAUGUUGAAGAGGUGGAGAUGCAGAAAGACGAGCCCAAGAAGAAAGAGGAGCCUCAGCCUACCACCUCAAAUGUCACCUCCAGUCAGCCGCUGGUCUGUACGUGCCACCUCAGAAAGGCAAAUCACACCACAGCAUGAGAGCUUUUUCUGUAACAGCCAGGAAUGACCUUGGUCCCAAACUUUUUCUACUGGUAGAUAUAAAUCUUUUGGUAGAUAUGAUGCCCACACUCUUACUUUUUGUGUUCUUUUUACUUUGCAACCUGUGUAUGUGCCAUCAGAGGAAGAGUGGAAAAAACAUGUUUAUUCAACUCAUUUUGUGUUUCUUGAAAAAUUAGUGUGCUAAAUGAGAAAGAGAAAAAAAAACAGCGAGUUAUUUUUAUUAUUCAUAUGGAAAAUAAACAACACUUGAAACUAUUUUGUGAAUCACUUUCUACUUUUGAGUGACUCAAGAAAACAUCUUUUUCUGACCACUUUCCUUUCAGUUAUAUUUUACAUAUGAAAUGUCUAUAUGCAUGGUAACCUGUAAUUUAUGCUGUUAUCAGGUGUUGUAUGUGAUGACCGUUAUUUUAUCCAAACUUCAUGACUUUCCUCAGUAUUGGAUUUAAUUAGCUAACAUUUUGUCAGGUGUAU